AUGUCCUCCAGUCCGAAUCGCGGGUCUAAGGGCCCCAGCAAUAAUAGUCGCCCAACAAGCAAAGAUGGCUCAAAAAAGAACAUUUGGUCCUCUCUUCUUGAUGGUGUCGCUAAUGGAAAGCGCUUGCCCGAAAAGAACCUUUUGAUUCUCGGUGGUACACCUGAAAGUCAAAGAGAAUUUUUAGAUACUUUCUCAGCCGAUACCUCAACCGAUCCCAACUUAGUAAAUGGAAAGCGAAAGGGGAAGACACCUCCAAUUGCCAAUCAGUUUGCCCUCGGAUACACAUAUCGAGAUGUUCUCGAUGCUGAUCAAGAAGAUACUCUGGCGCGUGUCUCGGCCUACCUCCUGUCUGAACCCUCUCCAUCAUUUGCACCUCUUCUUAAACCUCUCCUGACCCCUCAAUCUGUGCCGGAAACGUUGGUCGUCAUUCUUAUGGACUGGUCUGAUCCAUGGACCUGGAUCCGGCGACUAAGAGAAUGGGUUCGCCUUCUCCGCUCUGUUCUCGUUUCCCUUGAUGAUGAUACAAAGAUCGUGAUGGAGGAGACCAUGACGGAAUGGCGCGAUCGUAAAAGAGGAAUGGAUGCCAGCGCGGGAGCUGCAGGAAGCUUGCCGAAUUCCGGAGGCCCAGUCACAAUACCCUUGGGACCCGGUGAAUGGGACGAAGGGCUGGGAGUCCCAAUGUGUGUGGUUUGUCAGGGAGCUGAUAAUAUCGAGAAAUUGGAGAAGGAUCACGGCUGGCAUGAGGAACAAUUCGAUUUCAUCCUCCAGUUCCUGAGAACGAUCUUGCUAAAGCACGGCGCAUCGCUCAUUUAUACAACACCGUUCCAUGCCAACUCUUUGCAGAGCCUAAUUCACUCAUCCUUGGGUAUACACUCUCUCUUGAAACGACAAUCCUUAAAACAUAAUGUGAUCGACAGAGAUAAGAUCCUCGUUCCCGCGAACUGGGACUCAUGGGGAAAGAUUCGGAUCAUUCGCGAAGGAUUCGAUAUGGAAGGAGCCUCAACAGCCUGGUCAAUUGAGAUCCAAGAUGCCCCCGAGCCUCUUAGCCAGCCUAAUGAAGAACAUGAGCCGGAAGAGGAUGGGACUAGUGCAGUCACAGUAUUUGAACAGACCAUCAAGGAUCCCAAGCGCGAUACAACCAUCGCCCACCCGAGCACAACAAGCAAUGGAACUAAGAUUGAAGUUGAGACAUCUGAUUUGCAAGGGUUCCUUACACAACAGCUUGAGAUGCUCGAACAGCUUAAGGUCAAGGAUGAAAAGGAUCGUGCGAACGAGCCGGUGCCGACACUGGAGAUGUCGCCAAUGGAUGAUCAGGGGCGAGUCAACGAGCACAUUGGUCCUGUCCAGUUCAACAUGGGUGGCAUCCAGGUCGAUGCAGAUGACAUGUUGAAAAAGCUGCGGGAUCGCGAGGCCAGUCGUGCCCAACGCAAAGAGGGCCCGCCAAAUCCAGGCGACGAGAAGGCUCACAACCAAGCCCUCGCAAACUUCUUUGCCGGUCUCGUCAAGAAGCCCGGCAGCAGCCCUCGAGGCAGCCCAUCACAGUAG